CGUCUUGUGUCUGAAAGCUUGCAAGUGGACGUGUGUACACACAGAUGACGAACCACACACAACCGCGCUGACACGGGAUUUUUGACAGGCUAAAGACUACGAGUAAAGCUGACUUUAAAACAGAUUUUUAUAUGCUUUAAAAGCAUGUCAGCCUUUGUGGCCCACCCAUCGGUUCGCAUUAGGGGAACAGAGCACACGUACACUCCUGUGCUGUGUCAGGACGAGAAAUGUGCAGGACAGGAGAAAGGGGUGCACAUGCACUGUCCACUGUGUUCUGUGGCUGAGUCUUACCAAGAUCCCAUAAUCCAUCGAGCUCACUUCCGCAUCAAGCACGUAGACAAAGGCAUUGACUUUGCUGGCUUGAAGGUGCUACGCUGCUGUAAUCAUUGUGAGAUUGUGGGCACUAUUAAAGGAGAAAAGAAGUUUAAAGGCGCUCAUUGGCACUGCUAUCGCUGUAGAAAUGGUUUCAAUAGGAGGGAUGAGGCCAUCAAACACUUUAAGACGCAUUUCCGAAAUCCCCAAACUACAUUCCAGAUCCAAGUCACACAGAACGUUAACUGCCGGCAAUAUUAUGGUGAAAGUUCAGAGGCUCACACUAAAGCAUAUGAAGGGAUGGCAGUUAGUCUUGGACCAGGUGGAGAUGGAGUUAGCAUUGGAUCCAUCUUAACCCAGCCCAUCCUUACCACUGGUACAGAAACCCUGUUGACUGUGGAGCCAAAGGAAGAAUGUGAGAGAAAUGGAGUCCAAUUGGGUGCUGAGGAGGAUGUGGACUCCGUCCACAAUGCUAUUGGGACACAGACCCUUGUUCUGAUGGAUCCUGAUGGACAGGGAAGCAGUGUUAUUUAUGACACGCAUACCGGUAUACUCACUGAACAGGGGGUAGAAGGAUUGGAACAGAGCUUGCUACAGAAACGACUCCUGGACCUCCACCAGCAAAACGACACACUACGUCAAGAAAAGGAGAGUGUGGAGAAGACAUUACGUGCUGAGAUUAAACAGCUUAAAGAACAGGUUGCAAGCUUGGUUCAAUCUAAUGUAAGGAUGUUUGAGAAACUGCAAGCAUAUCAAUCCCCAGACCACAGCCAGCAAAAGGUGGCCAAGCUUAUGGAAAGCCUUGAAGCUCAGCACAAAGAGCUACUACAGGCACAGCUUGCUUCACUCAAAAGAGAGAUCCUGCCGGAAACAGACCACAUGACGAUUAAUGGCCACAAGGAGGCACCAGAGCUCAGUGUGGAUGUGGAGGAGCAGCAGACAAAACCUGUCAGUAGUACUUUAGAGGACAUGGAUGUACAACUACAAACCAAUCAGCGUGAAGCAUUGAAAUCCUCAGAGUUAGUGACAGCUGAUACAGUGCCCUGUUUGGAGAGUCCCAGCUUGGACAUAGAUUUGCCAAACACUGGCUUGACCACAAGGGUUUUGGAAGAUAAACAAAAAGCGUCAUUGUCCCCUGUGUUGUCUAAGAAGCGUAGCUCUGUGGAUGACACAGAAGAGACUGUCGAAACCAAAGUACAGAGAAUCUGCUGAGUUAUUUUAUGUUAGCACAUUUUUUAGUACUGUUAUGCUUUACUUGCAAUGGCCACAUAUUUGCAAGUCAGAAAUAAUCUGUCCGUAAUCUUUUCUUGUCUAAAUGCAUUUUAAUUUAAUUUGGCCUUUCCAGUAGUGGGCAAAAAAUCUACAUUUCUGUGAUCUAUAUAUUUUAAUGUUUCUUGUCUAUGCUUAUUUAUAUGCUGCCAAUAUACCCUGUGGAUUGUUGAUGUAUAUUUAAAUAUUAAUGUAACAUGAUAGGAUUUAAGGUGUACUAAAAUAUACUCAGAUAGUCUUAUUUUUUAAACUAUUGUUGUUGAUGUCUGUAUUAGAACUAGUUUAGAGAUACAAUAGUUACAAAACACUAAAAGAAGAAUACUAAGGGUUAUACAUUUAUAACCCAUUAAACAUUUUGGGAUAAUUAUUAAGAAUUAAUGUUAAAUGCUUUAUUCUGAUCAUUGGUAUGCAUUAUUUUUCGAUAAAUGCACACCUAUCUCAACAAAUUAAAAUAAUCAUCAGAACAUGUCUGUGGUAACCGUAUUAUAAGCGGAAUAAUUGACUCCGGUCCUUUGAAUUAUUUGAAAAUAAUGCUGUGCUUCACGUCGUGCCACAUUACCACCUUAUUUUUUGAAUAAUUCACCGGCCUUCCGUCAAUUAUUCUUAAUAAAACUGGUACAUUUUCUGUGUCAUUUAUU